AUGGGGGUUACCGAAGGAGAACGAGAAUGUGGUAAUGAAGUUGGGGUCCGUCAUCACCUCGGUAGGCGAAGCCUUGCCAUGGGCGAUGCCAGUAGACUCUUAAGGCUAGGUGGGCUAGAAGGCCAUCUGAUCAGCGCCGAUGUAGAGGAGAGAGGGGGCGACGUCAGGGAUGCGUUGUGCGGUGCAAGCGACGUCCUUGGCAUGAGAGGCGACUCCGAAGCAGGGGAAAAAACAGGCAGUUGCAUGGGCAACUCCUUCAGGGAAGCUGGACUUGGCCUGGGCUUAGGAAGGCAAUGUACUGACCUGGGCGUUGAUGCUAUCCCCUCUGAGCUUCCAAGCGGUGCCACUAUUCGCGAUAAUCUCGACAGCACCAAGUUUUGUGAAAAGGCAUUGGGCAGCGUCUGUGGAUGCACUACUCGGCUAAGUGGUGGCAGGCGUCCCCUUAGGCCGCUGGGAGAUGGCGGACCACGUCCUAGUAUGCUGGGUCAUGGUGCUUUGGAGGUUAGCAAUGCGGGCAGGAAGCCAGGUGGUAAAGGCGACACCAGAAGCUCUGCUAAAAGGAGGGAUGUCACCCCCGAUAAAGGCACGACGAGGAAUGAUCCACAGGAUUCCCAGAGAGACAAGGGGACCGUUGAAGGAGACGGUUCGAAGGGCAGGCUAGGUGGGCUAGAAGGCCAUCUGAUCAGCGCCGAUGUAGAGGAGAGAGGGGGCGACGUCAGGGAUGCGUUGUGCGGUGCAAGCGACGUCCUUGGCAUGAGAGGCGACUCCGAAGCAGGGGAAAAAACAGGCAGUUGCAUGGGCAACUCCUUCAGGGAAGCUGGACUUGGCCUGGGCUUAGGAAGGCAAUGUACUGACCUGGGCGUUGAUGCUAUCCCCUCUGAGCUUCCAAGCGGUGCCACUAUUCGCGAUAAUCUCGACAGCACCAAGUUUUGUGAAAAGGCAUUGGGCAGCGUCUGUGGAUGCACUACUCGGCUAAGUGGUGGCAGGCGUCCCCUUAGGCCGCUGGGAGAUGGCGGACCACGUCCUAGUAUGCUGGGUCAUGGUGCUUUGGAGGUUAGCAAUGCGGGCAGGAAGCCAGGUGGUAAAGGCGACACCAGAAGCUCUGCUAAAAGGAGGGAGUGUGAUGCCUUUUCUUUAGUAAGAUGA